UAAGAGUGACGGACGGGCUGACUGAAGAGUCACGGGAACUUGUGAAGCGGUGGCAUGUUCUGAACCAAGGAUUAAGCACGUGUGCAGUUUCUGGAGCUGAUUUCGGGACGCAUUCCGCGAAGGGUAGAGAGGGUAUCAAUCAGGAUGAAAUUCAGCACGGCACUGCUGAGCAGUAUCGCGAUUCUACACUUACGGAUGCCAUCAAUAAACAGCGCGGUGCUCUUCGACUCAAAGAAUGUUACCGAAUACACGAUACGGAUACCCACCCUGAAAACACCUAAUAUUUUCAAGAGGCUAACGGGAUCGAAACGGAAGCCUCCCGAAAACGCUGUCGGGAACACGAUGUCCUCGUCGAGUUUGGCGCCUGCUUUUGGUCUGCCGGGAAAUUUUGAUGGAUCGACCACUCUGAAAUUCACCAAAAACAGUGGUUUCCCGUCAAAUAUGCCUUAUUCUUUCUCCCCAAUGUCUUUCGCUCCUGUUAAGGGCAGGGGCUCGAUGCCAGUUUUCAAGUACACCGGACCCACGAUCUGGGCGUCUGACCCUCGGAUAAUUGCCAAAGGAAACUAUCCUGACGGAAACAAAAACAUCCAGUUCUCCUCGGGCAAGAACGGCUGGUUCAGUCCAGCGAACAAUAAACAUCCUGAAGAGUCUCAGAACAAUAUGAGAGUUGUGGUACUCCGCGCUCCGUUCGAUGGGAUUCAUGGAGACGAUGAUCCAUCUUUCGGAGAGAGUCGUAACUUCCGGAAGCUCCACAAGAACAAGAUGGAACCAGAAAUCCAGAUUAUCAACAUCCCGUCUCGUCGAAAUCCCGACAAAAGAAGAUUUUUUGGUUCGCAACGACCCAUGGCUGGGGGCGGGCCAACGAUAAUCCGACUUCCUAUGUCGCACGGGAACCGUGGAUUCGUACCUCAGUUUGCGCCUGCUCCGCCGAUGCAUCUCGAUGUUCCCAAGCAAUUCUUUUCCGAAGAGAAGGCCUUCGGCAACGGUCGAAACACCUACAUCAUCUCAGAGGUCGACCCGAAUAAAGUCUCCUCUCUGAACUCACUGAGCAACAUGGACUUCGGGAAAAACGAGAACUUCAACCCGGAGCCCACAGACGACUGGAACCUAGCGAUCCCGAUGAAGAAAAGCUCUCAGAAUGUCGGUCCGAAUUUCGGUUCUGACUACGGAAGCCUAUUGGAGCUCCAGAACGCGAAACAGCGUCGCGAGCAGCCCGGCUCGAAAAAUCCGAUGGUGAUCGCCUUGAGCGCAAAGGACCAGAAGGCGGCUCCCGCUAAUCAGGGUCGGCCGAAUAUCCAAGUUCUGCGGACGGACUCCGACUCCAAGGUCCUAGUUCCACCGGGGAUGAUCGCCAUUUUAGUUCCUCAGAAUUUCGGUUUAGGUUCCCCGGUCCACUCGAUGAUGCAAGGUUCGGAUUUCGACGAAGACGCGGCGCAAUCAUUCUUCGAAUCGAGCUCAACAAACAAAAAGACGGUUGUCCCACUACGCUCUUCGAAAAUCGAGCCGUCGAAAUCGCCUGGACCUCCAUACAAGGUGGACUUCACACAAGGGCUCCCGGCAAACUCGAUAGCCAAGCCAGACUUCUACCCUAACUUCCAGAACCGCAUGGGAGACGAAUCAGGCAGCAACGAAAUCGGAUCGAAGAGUUCCGUUGUUCCAGUCAGCUCCGUGAGUGGUACGCCGCGUCACCGACUGGCUCCUAAUUCGCGAAGUGCACAAGAACAGCUUCAGUCUUCAUUGAGUCAAGAUCAUUUGGGACCCGAUCCCAAUGUUCUGCAUAAGCGGUCUCCGAUCCACCAUUCGACUCCUCAGGACCAGAGCGACUCCCAGUAUCGAUCCAAUCACAAGAUCAGCCGUACGAUAUCAACAGCGGCGCCAAAGCCGAUCCCCACGCAGUACCGAGGCCCGCCCAGGUCAACUUCUGAGGCCCACAAGAAUCACCAAACUGCUCCGACACCCGCUCCCUAUCCUCCAGCAGCUUUCGACACCGAGACCGCAGGUAUCUAUUUGCCUCGAGCGGCUGCGCUCACGUCAGCGAGUAAAGCUCCGAAUCAAGAGAACGCUCAAAUCUCGUCGUUCAACGGACCCUAUCCACAAAUGGAGCGGAGAGUUGGCAGGAGAGUGACCACGUAG